GGACCGAGGAGGAGGAGCUGAGAGGGCCGUCAGGGACCCGGACCCAGACCAGGACCCAGAUCGCGACCCAGAGCUCCCGGGGCUCCCGCGACCAUGGUGGAUCCCGUGGGCUUCGCCGAGGCGUGGCGGGCUCAGUUCCCGACCUCGGAACCUCCCCACAUGGAGCUGGGCUCGGUGAGCGCCAUCGAACAGGAGCUGCAGCGCUGCCAGGCAUCCAUCCGGAGGCUGGAACUGGAGGUGAACCAGGAGCGGUUCCGCAUGAUCUACCUGCAGACGCUCCUGGCCAAAGAGAGGAAGAGCUACGAUCGCCAGCGCUGGGGCUGCCCGGGGUCCGAACCCCCCGACGGCGGCCAGGGCCGGGGCCAGGACGAGCCGCAGGCCGACAGGGGAGGCCGGGAGAAGCUCCCGCGGGCCCCCCAGGACUCGGGGAGCUCCCCGCAGCACCCCCGGGCGCCCUCCCGCAGCAGCAGCAGCACCGGCCGGACCCAGCCUCCCAGCGUGGCCGCUCUCAGGUCCACCUUCGAGAGGACCCGCUCGGGCCCGGGGCCCUGCGGGGAGGAGAAGCCCUUCUACGUGAACGUGGAGUACCACCACGAGCGGGGGCUGGUGAAGGUCAAUGAUAAAGAAGUCUCGGACCAGAUCAGCUGCCUGGGCAGCCAGGCCAUGCAGCAGGAGCGCAAAAAGACUGCGCUGCAGGCCGCCCAGCCACCUGCCGCGGCCCCAGCAGGGGCCGCCGCCGGGCUGGCCGGCACCGCGCGCCCGGGCUACUGCGAGCCUGGAGGGGAGUAUGAGGACGCUGAGCUGAACCCCCGCUUCCUGAGGGAUAACCUGCUCAGCGCCCGGCUGCCCGGCGACUACCAGCCCUAUCAGAGCAUCUAUGUGGGCAGCCUGAUGGGCGAGGAGGGCCGGGGGCCGGCGGCCUGGCGCGAGCAGGACAAGCCCCUCACCUGGCCUCGCAGGUCCUACUCCCCCCGGAGCUUCGAGGACAUCGGAGGCGGCUACACCCCGGACUGUAGCUCCAAUGAGAACCUCACCUCCAGCGAAGAGGACUUCUCCUCGGGCCCGAGCCCCACGGCCGGGGGCCACCUGGACCGCGACAAGAGCCGCUCCCCUUCCCAGAACUCUCAGCAGUCCCUGGACAGCAGCAGCCCCCCAACUCCCCAGGCCCAGAAGCGGCCGAGGCCGGGCCAGGUCAUUGUAGCCGAAGCCACCAUCGUGGGGGUCCGCAGGACCGGCCAGAUCUGGCCCGGUGACGACUUAGCCAGAGGAGCCCAGGAUGGUGCUUUCCAUGGAGAUCCAGACACAGCGUUCGGCACUCCACCAGGCUACGCCUAUGAUGCGGACCAUGCGGAGGAGCAGAGGCGCCAGCAAGACCGGAUGCCCUACAUCGAUGACUCACCCUCCUCCUCUCCACGCCUCAGCGGCCAGAGCAGGGUUAGCCGCGACAUCCUGACCUCGGGCACGAGUGAGCUGGACUCAGAGAAGGGCCUGGAGAUGAGAAGAUGGGUCCUGUCUGCCAUCCUGGACAGUGAGAAAACCUACUUGGGUCACUUGGAGGCCCUGCUGCUGCCCAUGAAGCCCCUCAAGGCCGCAGCCACCACGUCCCAGCCGGUGCUGACGGGACAGCAGAUCGACACCAUUUUCUUCAAAGUCCCUGAGCUGUACGAGAUCCACAAGGAAUUCUACGACGGGCUGGGCCCCCGUGUGGAGCGCUGGAGCCAACAGCAGCGAGUCGGUGACCUCUUCCAGAAGCUGGCCAGCCAGCUUGGGGUGUACCGCGCCUUUGUAGACAACUACGAGGCUGCCAUAGAGAUGGCGGACAAGUGCUGCCAGGCCAAUGCUCAGUUUGCCGAAAUCUCUGAGAACCUACGAGCCAGAAGCAUGAAGGAUUCCAAAGAUCAGACAACCAAAAACUCUUUGGAAACUUUGCUCUACAAGCCCGUAGACCGAGUGACCCGCAGUACCCUCGUCCUCCAUGACUUGUUGAAGCACACCCCUCCCAGCCACCCUGACCAUCCCCUGCUGCAGGAUGCCUUGAGGAUCUCCCAGAACUUCUUGUCCAGCAUCAAUGAGGAGAUCACGCCCCGGAGGCAGUCCAUGACGGUCAAGAAGGGCGAGCACCGGCAACUCCUGAAGGACAGCUUCAUGGUGGAGCUGGUGGAGGGUGCUCGCAAGCUGCGCCAUGUCUUCCUCUUCACCGACCUCUUCCUGUGUGCCAAGCUCAAGAAGCAGAUGGCAGGGAAAAAUCAGCAGUAUGACUGCAAAUGGUACAUCCCACUCACAGACCUCAGCUUCCAGACCCUGGACGAGGCUGAGGCGGUGCCCACCAUCCCCCUGGUGCCGGAUGAGGAGCUGGAUGCCAUGAAGAUAAAGAUCUCCCAAAUCAAAAGUGACAUUCAGCGAGAAAAGAGGGCGAACAAAGGCAGCAAAGUCAUCGAGAGACUCAGGAAGAAACUCUCAGAACAAGAGUCUCUGCUCCUGCUGAUGUCACCGAGCAUGGCAUUCAGGGUCCACAACCGCCACGGCAAGAGCUACACGUUCCUCAUCUCCUCUGACUAUGAGCGUGCAGAGUGGAGGGAGAAUGUCCGCGAGCAGCAGAAGAAAUGUUUUAAGAGCUUCUCUCUCACCUCUGUGGAGAUCCAAAUGCUGACUAACUCCUGUGUCAAGCUCCAGACAGUCCACCACAUCCCCCUGACCAUCAACAAAGAGGAUGAUGAAUCCUCCGGACUCUAUGGAUUCCUGAACGUCAUUGUCCAUUCAGCCACAGGAUUCAAACAGAGCUUGAAUCUCUACUGCACAUUGGAAGUGGAUUCCUUUGGGUACUUUGUGAACAAAGCCAAGACUCGAGUCUAUAGGGACACAACUGAGCCCAACUGGAACGAGGAGUUUGAGAUCGAGUUAGAGGGUUCCCAGACCCUCCGGAUCCUGUGCUAUGAGAAAUGUCACCAUAAGACCAAGCUCAGCAAAGAUGACGGCGAGACCAGUGACCGGAUGAUGGGCAAAGGCCAGCUGCAGCUGGACCCCCAGGCCCUCCAGGACAAAGAUUGGCAACGGGCCCUCGUUACCAUGAAUGGUAUCGAGGUGAAGCUGUCUGUGAAGUUCACCAGCCGAGAAUUCAGUUUGAAAAGGAUGCCUUCCCGCAAGCAGACUGGUGUCUUUGGGGUCAAGAUUGGCGUCGUCACCAAGAGGGAGAGAUCCAAGGUGCCUUACAUUGUACGCCAGUGCGUAGAAGAGAUUGAGCGCCGGGGAAUGGAGGAAGUGGGCAUCUACCGUGUGUCGGGUGUGGCCACCGACAUCCAGGCCUUGAAGGCCGCCUUCGACGUCAAUAAUAAAGACGUGUCUGUCAUGAUGAGUGAGAUGGACGUUAACGCAAUAGCGGGGACGCUCAAGCUGUACUUCCGAGAACUGCCCGAGCCCCUCUUCACAGAUGAGCUCUAUCCCAGCUUUGCAGAGGGCAUCGCACUUUCGGACCCCGUGGCCAAAGAGAGUUGUAUGCUGAACCUGCUGCUGUCCCUCCCUGAGCCCAGCCUCCUCACCUUUCUCUUCCUUCUGGACCAUUUGAAAAGGGUGGCCGAGAAGGAGACGGUCAACAAGAUGUCCCUCCACAACCUGGCCACGGUCUUCGGCCCGACCCUUCUGAGACCUUCAGAGAAGGAAAGCAAGGUCCCCCCAACCCCGAGCCAGCCCAUCACCAUGGCCGACAGCUGGUCCCUGGAAGUCAUGGCUCAGGUCCAGGUGCUGCUCUAUUUUCUACAGCUGGAGACGCUCCCAGCUCCGGACACCAAGAGACAGAGCAUCCUUUUUUCCACCGAAGUCUGAUUGCCUGACUCUGCAGCAGGAGACUGGGAGUGCUGGCCAGAGGCCACACAGUGAGCCCCUCGGGCCCUGGGAGCUGAGGCAGAUGAGACCCUGGGCUGGAGACAGGAGGCUGGAGGUGGGAGGCUGCAGGGGCCGCAAGGGGCGGCCGGCUCCUCGCUUUGGAUGCCCCAAGGCCUCGCCCCCCUUUCUUGUCCCUUGGGAAGGGUUUGAGCGCAGAGCUGAGGGGGCCUCCCAGCCCUCCCCAGAGAGGACACCCAGGGUCCUCAGGGAGGCAGGAAGAACAGGUCGGGAGCCCACAACCACUUCCCUGGCCCAGGAGGACUCCUGACCCUGAGACCACCUCUCGUGCUUCUCCCUCUCCCACCUUGUCUUUGGGCUGGCCGGGAUCUGCUGGAGGGCCAGGUGGCCCAAGGUCCCGCCAGCACCACUCACUCGUGCUGUGGGCCCAUCACAUACUCAUCUCCUGGCCUUCUCUGCCAAGACCAGAUUUCUCCUUCCUUAGUCACUGCCGCCAGCACCACCCCUGUGGCCAGUGCACCCUCAGCGGCCUCUGCUUGCCAACUGACUCCUUGUUCUCGCCUUGUGUCUGAAGAGACUCUGAUACUUGAAUCUCAAGCCCUCUCAGUCUCCUGUGCCCUCUUUGGGGUCCACCCUAUGCUGAGAAGAGGCCUGGGAGUCUGGGAGCAGGGCCUUCUCUAGGAAGUAGGUGACUGGCCUCUCCCUGCUUUCUGACCUUUGCUGCCUUGGCCCAGCUGGGGCAGGAAGCCCCUCCCUGGGCACCUUCUCAUCCUGGCCAUCCUGGCCUUGGCUCCCUGGCGGCCGCCCUGCCCUCACCUCCACACUGGCCCUGCCCUCACCUGCCCUAACCUCCACACUGGCCCUGCCCUCACCUGCCCUCCCCUCCUCACUGGCCCUGUCCUCACCUGCCCUCACCUCCACACUGGUCCUGCCUUCCCCUCCCCACUGGCCCUUCCCUCACCCUGCCCUCACCUCCACACUGGCCCUGCCCUCACCUCCACACCAGCCCUGCCCUCACCUUCCUUUACCUCCACACUCACCUCCACCCCCUCCUGCUGACAGCCAACGCCUCACCUGCCCUCCUCAUCUUUUCUUCUCUGACGGCUUGUAGAAACUGGGCAGCAAUGUGCCAGUGCCCAUUCCUGCCCUACUUUGUUCUUAUUUAUAUAGGACGUGGAAUGUUGAAUAUUAAACCACAGAUUUUAUUGUGCAUCUGUGCAUGACUAGCUCGGGGGCCACAUGCCCCCUUAUUGUCCAGCCGAUUUUGCUCUUCUGCCAUCCCAGGGACCCCCGAGAAAGACACCAGGCAUGGACCAGAAAGGGCCUCCUUCCCAGGACCUGUCCCCAAAGAGCCAGCUUUGUAGGUAGUGAGCUCCCCAUCUCAGAGGCCUCCAGGUACCUCCCUGUACCCAGAAGUGUGGGGGUAUCCUGUUCCUUGGACAAGGUGACCCCUGAGCUCUGCCAGGAGGAUCUUUGAUUUGGGGCCUGGAGGUCUGGUCUCUCUCACCAGCACUAUCAGUUGGCAGGUGGCCAUGAUGGGGGCUGUGAUGGUCUUUGUGGUUUCUCUCUGGGCAGCUCAUCCGCUUUGGAGCCUGCUCCUGUGAGGUGGUGGGCGGGAGGGGGGGAAGGCAGAAGGGAGCCAGCAGCCUCCCCACCCCAGGCUU